AUGGCCCCGACCCACAGACUGCUCUUCGGUCAGAACGCCGCAUUGCUGAAAGAAUACAUGUCCCAACCUCCCCAGUUGCGAGACAUGGCAUUGCUCAAGGAAGCACGAACAAACAUGUCUGGCAUUGAAGAACGUUCGUUUAGCCUGAUCCAGGAGUACCACCACAACAACGGCGCCGGAAAUAUCGCGGUGAUGAUGCCUGAAGUGACUUGUAAGCCAACGUGCGAGAGCAAAUCCUACAAGGACUACCGUUUUUACCCCCGUUCGGCUGUCGGCAUGGAGCUCUUCCUUGAGAGCGCCUCGUUGGCCAUCAUCUGGAACUUUCGUUCUGCGUUGGAAGCUCAAGGACCCGUCUUGCAGAGCGCAUAUGACAAAAAGAAAGCUACCGCCGAAAUCCAGAAGCACGAGUUGGGCGUGUCAAUCCCCCGAGAAAAGACCCCUAAAUUGCAGAUCAGGGCAUUGAAGAACCACGUUGUACUCUCGCCCGCCCGUCACCACCGAACCUGA